AUGCCCCCAGGCCGACGGCUGCAGUCGCUCGUGCCAAGAAAUGAAGCGAAGAAACGUCGAGGUGACGAUGCCGACAGUGAGUGGAGCAAAGGUGAAAGUGAAUCGUCGGCUUCAGAAGAGGAAAGCGCGGGCUUUGCUGGCUCCGGUAUCGUUGGAUCUACGUCACUAGUGGAAUGUCCAGGUCUAAGUACUACUAUCUUCGGCACUUGGAAAGCUUUCUCGAAGUACUUUGAGACGUACGCGUCGGACACGUAUCAGCCAUUCCGCAUUCGUGACACUGCUACGGUGGAAGCUAUGAACAAGAAGACCAGAGCACGCUCUAUAUCUGGAGCUCCUAGUGUUUCUCCAGACUAUCUGU